AUGGAGAUACACUGUAAGCACGACCCGUUUGCAGCGAUGCAUAGACAUGGAGGAGUGAAUCAAUUAGGGGGUGUUUUUGUGAAUGGUCGGCCGCUGCCUGACGUUGUUCGCCAAAGGAUUGUGGAACUAGCCCAUCAAGGUGUCCGACCUUGCGACAUCUCCAGGCAAUUGCGAGUCAGCCAUGGCUGCGUCAGCAAAAUUCUUGGCAGGUAUUAUGAGACUGGAAGCAUUAAGCCUGGAGUUAUUGGAGGUUCAAAGCCAAAGGUUGCCACACCCAAAGUAGUAGAAAAAAUUGCAGAAUAUAAACGCCAAAAUCCCACCAUGUUUGCUUGGGAGAUCAGGGACAGACUUUUAGCAGAAAGAGUGUGCGAUAAUGACACAGUGCCCAGCGUUAGUUCAAUUAACAGGAUUAUUCGGACAAAGGUGCAGCAGCCACCUAACCAGCAAGUCCCAGCCUCAAGUCAUAGCAUAGCCUCCACAGGGUCUGUGACGCAGGUGUCUUCGGUAAGCACAGACUCAGCUGGCUCCUCCUACUCGAUUAGUGGAAUUCUGGGAAUUACUUCUCCCAGUGCUGAAAGCAACAAACGCAAAAGAGAGGAAGGUAUUCAGGAAUCUCCUAUACCAAAUGGCCAUUCGCUUCCAGGUCGAGACUUCCUUCGGAAACAAAUGCGGGGAGAUAUUUUCACUCAGCAACAAUUAGAAGUAUUGGAUCGAGUUUUUGAAAGACAGCAUUAUUCUGACAUCUUUACGACAACUGAGCCCAUCAAACCAGAGCAGUCAACAGAAUAUUCAGCCAUGACAUCACUAGCUGGUGGAUUAGAUGAAAUGAAGGCCAAUUUAACAAGCCCUACAUCAACAGAUAUAGGUGCCAGUGUCCCAGGACCACAAUCAUAUCCUAUUGUGACAGGUCGUGAUUUGGCAAGCACAACCCUCCCUGGAUACCCUCCACACGUCCCCCCUGCUGGACAGGGCAGCUACUCUGCUCCAACGCUGACAGGGAUGGUGCCUGGGAGUGAGUUUUCUGGAAGUCCGUACAGUCACCCACAAUAUUCAACAUACAAUGAUUCCUGGAGAUUUCCUAACCCUGGAUUGUUAGGUUCUCCUUACUAUUACAGUGCUGCAGCCCGUGGAGCUGCCCCACCAGCAGCCGCUGCUGCUUACGAUCGUCACUGA